AAAGGAUUGAAGAAAAAAAUUGUAGAGUUUUAUACAUGCAGAUCAUCUAUGGACCAGAUGACCACUGAGGAAAACUAUCUGUUCGCUGGUUCUGCCAGACAGUCCCGAAACAUGUAAAGUCACUCCGUUAUAUAGAAAAAUGAUCCUUCUACACAUAAAACAUUGUAACAUUUGAGCGCAUCUAUAAAUCAAAGGGGAAGGACGAAAGUUUAGGGAGGUUUUUCAAGUUUGUUUGUUUUGUUUCAACUCAUCAAUAAAACCUACGUGAUUGCCAGCUUGUAAGUGCACUUACUGUGAAUCAUUUUUAUGUGUUUCAGUUGACACUCAUCAGCCAAUUACCUCUUAUCGUUGAAAUUGUUAAAUAUUCCUGUGCUUGGUGAGUAAAUUGUCACUACCAAAUUUACGUGUCUUCGUGCUCUUUUUUACAAUUCAUCCACCCUUUCCACGAGAGUCUGUCAACGGAUGGACAUCACAUUCUCGAGGAUGUUCUUCCUCUUUGUUUAUUUAUCCUUGCUUGCUUUUGGAAAUGGAAUUUCAGUUGAAGAGAUAUUAGAAAAAAAAAUUAGGAAAAUGAAUCAGCUUACUACCAGCCAAUCAUAUAUCAGUCUUGAUACUGAUCAAUUUAAUCUUCUAAUAAAAUCACAGCCCAGGAAUUACUCAGUUAUAUUACUUCUGACUGCCUUAAGUUCUAAUAGGAACUGUGCGCCCUGCAGACAAGCAUUUGAAGAGUUCCAAGUUGUAUCAAACUCUUGGAAGUACUCUAAGCAGCGUGAUGAUCGGUUGUUCUUCGCGAUUGCAGACUUUGACAAGGCACCUGGUGUCUUUGAGUUUCUACAUCAAGAAACUGCGCCUGCGAUUGUGUUUGUAUCGCCUAAAGGAAAUAUAAAGCAAUCGGACUACAUGGAUAUUACGGUUAAUGGAUUUUCUGCUGAGGCGAUCAUGCGAUGGAUAACUGGAAUUACCCAAAUCCAGAUUCGUUUAUUCCGACCUCCAAAUUAUACUGGAACCAUGAUACUUGCCCUUUUUAUGUCCCUUGGGGCUGCGGUUUUGUACUUCCGUCGAAUCAACUUGGACUGUCUAUAUAAUCGUUCAUUAUGGAGUGCAAUAUCGUUGGGUGUUAUUUUCUGUUCUAUUUCUGGGCAAGUGUACAAUCAUAUUCGUGGACCCCCGCUUUUUCAUGCGCCACCUCCUAACGGAGAAAUUAAGGCCUUUAUAUACGAUGGUUCUGACUAUCAAUUUGUUGCAGAGACUUUUAUUGUGAUGAUUCUAUAUAUUGGUUGCUCAGGGGGAAUUCUUCUGAUGACUGAGGUUAGUUCAACUACUGAUCCAACAAAACGAAAAGUUUACACAAUAUCAGGAAUAGCCCUGUUUAUCAUAUCUAUCCACUUUAUACUGUCAGUCUUUCGAAGGAAAUAUCACGGCUAUCCAUAUGGAUUAUUUUUCAGAUAAAUAUUACCGACAACAUGGACGUGUGAUAACUAUGCUUAUUUGUUUCAUUUUUUAAUGAUUUUAACGAAGAACCUUUUUUGUAUUGUAUGUUAUGCAUAGUCAUAUAUCAUUUGGAAUAAAAGUGUUAUUAUUUUGCGUGUGCAGGAAUCACAGUGUUUACUGCCUUUUAUAAGGUCAGUGUUCUUAAGAUGCUUUUGGAUAAACCUGGCUUCAAUGGUGUGAUGUUUGUAAGCUAUCUGUUAGUCGAUUAUGAAUAAUUAGUAUUUUGUUAAAGCUUUAAUUGAUUAGGAUGCCUACAGAAUAUUAUUAUUAUUAUUUAAACACGUAAACAUUGGUACAAGGAGGCACCGAAUACAUAUGCGCCACACUUCAUCAUUCGAUUUGUGUUAGAGCUGGGAUACUGCUCGGGAUCCCAAACUGAAGCAGGUGGUUUCCUUAGUGGGCCACGCCCUGACCCUUUGACUUAGGGGUUCAAUCCAUAAGGCAGUGAGGCAACGCUAGGAGAUGCAGUCCGUUUGUAGCUAGUGGCCAUCAGUAGGUCCAUAUGCCAUUCGUUCCUUCAGGAUCCAGGACUCUAUGUGCACCAUUGGUUUGAAAUCAAGGUUUUACAACUCUCCUAGGUGGACCCUUUGUAUCCACCAACCCUGUUAAAGCGCCGGACAUUCGCUUUUCGACCUCUCAAUUUCAUAAACAACACGCCCUCCGCAAGAAUUGGCAUACAGAAUAUUAUGUGGUCUUAAAGAUGAGCUCCUUUUAUAUACAUAACUCUAAUAAUGUAUAUAUUUAUGUAAUGAUAAUAAUUGGAAGACAUUGAUAAAUGAAUGUCUGGAAUAUCCUAAUCUUUACUACUGACAGUAACUUAUCUAGAAAAUGAUACUGAACAUGGUUGAGAUAUUGGUCAAAACUUUAUUUCGUCGUCAGAUAGUUCAUAUAGAUUCGAAAUUUCAAAGGGUUUUAGCCUCUAUCCGUUUCUUACUUAGCGUAAUGUAUCGAUUAUGAUCUCUCAAGUAUGUAGAGCUGCUCACAAAUUCAACUAGCUUUUCGGAUAGGAAUCGACUACAAAUCUUAGGUUUUAUUAUUAUUUUUCUAUCUAGAGGACCAUUUAUUUUCGAACACAGGUUUAUCAUGAUGUGAUUACGUACAAAGUGUGAUUAGUUUAGCACCUUUCAAAGAAAUUGGUUUAGCAAUAGUCUGCAAAUCAGCAGUCAAUGAAUAUUUUAAUGUUUUCUCAAUGGGAAUUAACACUACUUGCAAAUUGCUAUCACAGAUAGUGACUAUUACAUUUCACCUUGCUAGAUUAUAUGAUAUAGCUAUUUCGUAGUGCCGUAAAUCGUAUAGGCGUAAGUUCGUGAUUAAAGACAAUGAGACGAAAGCUCUGAACCCAAGUUUUGUACUAGUUGGUAUUUGUCAGCAACCAGCAUUUAAAAUCUUAUGGGUUACGUAGACUAGUUACCACAUUGUAACUCCAUUAGUAGAAUUCGGUAUUCACUAAGAGCUAAUAAAUUACUCGGUGAUCAACCAUGACAUACUUAGGGCUUGAGUGAGUGUACAUUUCGAGGAUCUCCAGAUUGUAAAUUAACGGUGUUAAUUCUCUAUGCUGUAAAAGAUCGCUUCAACGUUAUAAAACUUCUAUAUGAAAAAAAUGUUUACAACAUCACGUAAAGUUGAUUUUAUGGCAUAAAAUUGCGUCUGAAAUGAGUUAUAUUUUUAUAAUUUAUCACUGACUGAUAGCUAAAAAUACUAGAAAAGUGGCAAAUAGGGAUGUAAACUUAUCUACCCUUUUUGUGUAUUGAUAAAUUACGAAAACGUUACUAAAAUUUUUUCACUUUAAAGAUUCAUUCUUUGGAAUAGACAUUCCGUUUAGCAGAGAUGUGAGGAACUAGGGAUAUUACGUAAUAGGACGGUCAGAUGAUAAUGUUUUGAUUUUAAGAAUAUUCAAUUGAGGUAUAACAUGCACUCGUAGAGAUACAUAUUUUUAAGAUGAAACAACUCAGGAUUAUUAUUUGCGUAGGAUUGUCUAACAUCGAUCUGUGGUGAAAACCACCUUUACUGAUGAAACUAGUUUUCUUCAGUCUUACAGAAAUGGUUACUUGGUUAGAUCAUAGUAAAACAAUAAACAUUUUAAUAUGAGGUCCUAACAUAACACUUUGUGUGCGAAAAUGAAACUUUUUGAAACGCACGACGAAAUCCUGAGAAGAGUUUGUCAUUAUCAUAUGAAGGUGGCUUUCUCCAUAAUCAAUAUCUGUUAGUGAACCACUAAAAAUUUAAGACCACUGGACGUCUGUUGCGCCCUCGUGUUUGACCCGACGUUAAUUAAAACGGGAACAAACCUAGGGUUUUCUUGCCUGGUAACUAGCACAAAACCUGUAGAUCACUUAGUUUGAAUCCAGUGGUAUAUAAUUUCAACCUUAAUCAGUUUACUAUGUAGCCCGAUUAUCACCCAACUCUCCCGAACAUGGUUGAGGACCAUUUGUCACGGUUUCUUACUAAAACUUCCUUCUGGUAGCCGAUCGCCAAUGAGCACGUUAUAGAUAGCUCAAAAUGAAUACUAUACGUUCGAAAAAGAAAAAAGAUAUUGAUUUACUAGUACAUUAGUCCAAGUUAUUGGUUAAUGAGAUGUUUGAUUUCGAUUAUUAAUUACCCCCCUAGUAUCUUGGAAUAAUAGCCUCGUUGAAUAGACGAAGUGUUUGAAAAUGACUAGUCUCGUAAUUUACUACAAUCUUAUCAUUUAUUUCAGUCGAUCAGUCAGUAUCUGUUAAAUAAAACUCGGUCAUUCAAUCAGCGUAGUCUUUAUUGUUUGGUUUGUCAAAAGCAGCUUAUCAUCACGUGGUCUUCGGGAGUACAGCAAGUCAGUCAGUAACAACGUGAAACUUCGCACGUACGUACAUCAGUUCGAGUUGCCAUACCACAUUAGCACAGAGAUGCAGUUAUCUAUUCAAAUCCCGUAGUGGUAGAUGUAGUAAGAAUGUAAGCAGUAAUCGGAAAGAUUAAGGUUUGAAGAUGUUAUUCAAGGGGUAUAAUUCAGUGAAACAAAUUUAGAAAGAGAAAAAAACGGACAUGAAGAAUUCAGAAGACUAGAAUUUGGGAGAACACAAAGAGUGGAUGCACCUGCGCCACUGCAAACGAUUUUGAACCAUGUCAUUCAGGGUCUCUAACCAUCGGUUGCUAUCGUCUCGCGUGUCCCAACCAGAUCAGUCAGGUACAACGUAGGACCAGGCACAUAUAUUCGUUGAUCCAAGUUGCCAUACCGCAUUAACACAACAAGAUAAACACCGGAUUCAUAAAAGCAGUUAAUUCAGUGGUGGUAAUAUAUAAAAGAAAGAUUGCAUAUAGAGAUAUAGUACAAGAAGAAAGAAUUGGUUCGUAGAAAGAAAGAUAUGAAGUGAUUUUAAUCUCUUAGUUUAAGGGAAGACAGAAAGUGUAUACACCGACGCCAUUGUGGUCGAUUCUGAGCCAUGUCACCAAGUCUCCAACCAUUGGUUACGAUAGUCACGCGGACCCCAACCAAGUAGUCUGCAUCUACCAACAUGGCUGAGACUAGAAGUUAGUGACUUCAAGCACUGAUGCCACGUUUCGAUUUGGCCGCCCCUAACUUUCUUCCAACCAUCUCCAAUACCGGAUAGCAUUGCACGUCGUGGUAAUCGGUGUUCAGGCAUACGUAACACGUGGCCCAACCAUCUCAGUCGAUGAAGAUUCAUAACCUCAUCAACCGAUUUACCAUCAUUUCCUAAUACCCUGCGUCUAACCUCACUGUUACUUCCAAACAUUCUGGCAUUGUUGCUUAGUGUUAACAAAAGACUCUGCAUUUUAUCAGCGUCUUCACCAAACAGGACUAUGUCAUCUGCAUAUUCUAAGUCCAUAAGUGAACCUCCUGGAAGGAGAAUAAUGCCUGAGAAUUCAAUCGACGAGAUCGUUAUUUCUAUCAGUAGGUCUAUGGUUUAGGCUUCAUUACUUUAGAAACCUGGUUCAAGAAAUGUGAAGAUUUGUUCAGGGUCGACCUCAAAAAACUUGGUGACGCCGCUAAGGUCAGAAUACACUUACGAAUACUUGAAACGGCUUAACAUGAACGGUACAGUAACUAUCCUCCCAAGAAAUUUUUCUUUCGAUGCAACGAUUGAAAUUUUGUCGCAAGUCUUUGCUGAACAGUCAUCCUUGUUUAAUAUUCGUU